AUGAUGAAGCUCUUUGUGUGCAUGAUGUUCCUGCUGGUUACUACACUGGCUGCUCCUGCUCCAGGGAGUGAAAGCGAGGAAAAUCAGGUUGCGGCACAUGCUAAUGAGGCCCUGAGGUGGAUGGAGAUGUACAGGAUGUUUCAGCAGCAGGGUGUAGUUGGAAACCCCUUCCUUCCUGCUGCUGAUGCUCCUGCUGAUCCAGCUGCGGCCGCAGUGGUGGACGCUGCAGCAACUGAUGUCGCCCCUCCAGCUCCUGUUGUUGCUGGAGAUGCGUCAGAUGAGGAGGCAGAGGAGGGCAAUGCUGCCCCCAAAGCUGCUGGUGCUGCCCCCCUCAAUUCUGAUGAGGUAGAGGAGGUCGAGGAGGCGGAGGUCGCUGAGGCUGAACCAGCUGUGGUCGAGGCAGCACCAGCAGAGCCUGCAGCGGACCCUGCGGCAGCUGUCGAGCCAGCUGUGGUUGACGUCCCUGUGGAUGCUGUGCUGGUUGAUGCUGCUGCUGUGGAUGUGCCACCAGUGGAUGUGGUCCCCGUCGAUGUGGUCCCCGUCGAUGUGGCUCCUGUUGAUGUGGUUCCCGUCGAUGUGGUUCCAGUUGACGUUGCCCCUGCUGAUGUCGCCCCUGCUGAUGUCGCCCCUGUUGACGUCGCCCCUGCUGACGUCGCCCCUGCUGCAGCUGACGUCCCUGCUGCUGUUGAUGCCGUUGCAGCUGAUGCUGCAGCAGCAGAUCCUGCUCCACUGUAG